AUGGGUGGUCAACUCAGUAAAGCUUUAGGCAAGCUGUUUGGGAAUAAGGAGAUGCGUAUUUUGAUGCUUGGAUUAGAUGCUGCUGGUAAAACUACCAUUCUGUAUAAGCUCAAACUCAACCAAUCCGUAACGACCAUCCCUACAGUAGGAUUCAACGUGGAGACUGUUACGUAUAAGAACGUUAAGUUCAAUGUAUGGGACGUCGGUGGGCAAGAUAAGAUAAGGCCUUUAUGGAGGCAUUACUAUACUGGUACACAGGGAUUGAUAUUCGUCAUCGACUCGGGAGACAGAGAUAGGAUCGACGAAGCUCGAUUAGAAUUAGAACGAAUCUUGGCGGAUAGGGAAAUGAGAGAUUGUCUCUUGAUGGUAUUUGCGAAUAAGCAGGAUUUACCUGGAGCUAUGUCACCGGCCGAAGUGACUGAGAAAUUGGGGUUACAUAAGAUGAGGGACAGGAGCUGGUAUGUGCAUCCUAGUUGCGCAACUACAGGAGAAGGUCUAUUCGAAGGUCUUCAAUGGUUAUCGCAGAAUGUCAAGGGUACCAAGUCAUAG